CUUCAAAUAAAAUUUGGAUAUUGCAGAUAUAAGUUAUCCUUUCUCACUUUUUGUGGCUGCUUGGUCUUUCUAUGAAUUUUAGGUUUAUCUUUUUUGAAAAUCUGGAUUGGUUUUUUAGUGCCUUGUUUUGGGCAUUUUGAUAUCUGGCUGAGUAGCUGAUCCAUUGAUUGCCUUAGGAGAGAGGAUGAUGCAAAAGAAUAUUUUGUGAAGUAUAAAGAGCUCUCCUAUGAUGAAUGUUAUUGGGAGUCUGAAUCAGAUAUAGCUGCUUUUCAACCUGAAAUUGAAAGAUUUAAGAAAAUCCAGUCCAGGUCUCACAGAGCUUCUGAUAGUGAGCAGAAGAGCACUGUUCGAGAAGCUGCUGUCUUUAAGUAUCGGUCAAAAAAAUUUCAACAGUUUGAACAUAGUCCAGAAUUUCUUUCUGGAGGCUCACUGCAUCCAUAUCAGCUUGAGGGGCUGAACUUCUUACAUUUCUCUUGGUCCAAACAAACUCAUGUUAUACUUGCUGGUGAGAUGGGUCUUGGGUAUUGCUUUUUUGGCAUCUCUUUUUGAAGAGAAUUUCUAUCCUCAUUUGAUAGUGGCACCACUUUCCACCUUACGGAACUGGGAACGAGAAUUUGCAACUUGGGCACCUCAAAUGAAUGUUGUUAUGUAUGUUGGCUCUGCCCAAGCUCGUGCAGUUAUUAUGGAAUAUGAGUUUUAUUAUCCCAAAAAUAAUAAGAAGAUCAAGAAUAGGAAAUCAGGUCAAGUAGUUGGUGAAAGCAAACAGGAUAGGAUAAAAUUUGAUGUCCUCUUAACAUCAUAUGAGAUGAUUAAAUUGGACACAACAUCACUGAAGCCAAUAAAGUGGGAGUGCAUGAUUGUAGAUGAAGGCCAUCAGCUCAAAAAUAAGGAUUCCAAGUUGUUUCUUUCACUGAAGCAGUAUACAAGUAACCAUCGUGUGCUUUUAACACAAACCCUUCUUCAGAACAAUCUGGAUGAACUUUUCAUGCUCAUGCAUUUCCUUGAUUCGGGGAAGGUCAGUUUGGAAGUUUAGAGGAGUUUCAGGAAGAAUUUAAGGAUAUCAGUCAAGAGGAGCAGAUUUCUCGGCUUCAUAAGAUGUUGGCCACACAUCUCCUGAGAAGGGUGAAGAAAGACGUGAUGAAAGAGCUCCCUCCAAAGAAAGAACUCAUUUUACAUGUUGAAUUGAGUAACAAGCAGAAGGAAUAUUACAAGGCCAUUUUGACACGUAACUACCAAAUUCUUACCCGACAUGGAGGUCCACAAAUUUCUCUUAUUAAUGUGGUUAUGGAGUUGCGGAAGCUUUGUUGUCAUCCUUAUAUUUUAGAGGGGGUUGACCCAGAGAUUGAAGAUACAAAAGAAGCUUACAAACAGUUCCUGGAAUCUUCUGGGAAGUUGCAACUGUUUGACAAAAUGAUGGUAAAGCUUAAGGAACAAGGACAUAGAGUUCUUAUAUAUUCACAAUUCCAACACAUGUUGGACUUGUUAGAAGAUUACUGCUCUUAAAAGAACUGUCUUGGCUGGUGAGGAAUGGCUGCGGGGACAAAAUAAAAAAUCUUGAUAUAACAUGGGUUUCCUGUCUUGACUGCUAUCAUAGUAUCAUAGGCUUUGCCUGGUUUAUGCUUUGUAUUUGUUCUUGUGCAGCUUCAGAAGAAAUAUCAGCAGCUGCUUGUGAUGAUGAUGCAGAUUGAUUGGAGUUGGCUCCGCUUUACAAUGAGAUGUGCAAGUUAGUGGAUGAUAAUGUUAAGGAAUCAGUUCAGACAAAUCUCAAGUUGAAGAAGAACAUCCAGCCACUGGAGUGGAUUAGUGCCGAUAUUACUCGACUUCUCUCUUCCUCGAAGCCCAACCCUCAUACGUCAGAGCAGCCUGUAGUUAAUGCAGAUGCACAAUCACAAGCUGAAUCACAGAAUACUGUGUCAGGAACGAGUUCAAUACCUCCCCAACAAAAUGACAGCAAGCUGGAUACUGUGGCUGAUAUUGAUAUGAAAGAUCCGGGCGCAGAAUCUAAAUCAGAAAAGGCUGCUGUGGCGGUAGAUGUUCCAGUGGACGACUUAGCAGGAGAAAAAGAAACACUAAAGGAUUGUGUUAAGGUAGAUGACUCAGAUUCAGACCCGAAUCCAACCAAAUCACUCGGCUUCUACAGAUUUGCCCCAGAUGGAGCCACAAGUGAAUGAUGCGAGCACCAAAACUGAUACUGAGGCUGUGGUUGAUGGGAGCAUCGCGCACAGAGAAAUCUGAAAUAAGGGUCAUUGUUUUAGGCGAUGAAUGGACACAAACAUUUUACUAAUCCAAAACAUUUAAGAGUUAGCUCCGAAGGGUUUUCAGUUAUCUGUAAACAGAGAAACAAACGGGAAACUUUGAAAGCAUCAAUCCAUUAAUAACAUUAUAAAGUUGCUUUCAUUUU